CCAACAUGGUCGCCUUGAGGCACAGGAACUUGAAGCUGUUUACAAUCGCUUUGGCCUUUUUCGCCAUCACCAUCACCUCCUUCCUUCUAAACUACACCCAGAACUCCGUGCUCAUGACGUGGAACCCCUUUGUGAGGUUCAUGGCGUCCAUGCGGAGUCCGUGCGUGUCCAAGACCGAAGUGUCCCCUUGGUUCGAUGAGAGGUUUAAUCUGACCGCUUCGCCCCUCCUGACCAAGCAGAGCAACAUGCUGUCGGAGAGCACCUACAAGUGGUGGAUGCGAUUGCAGGGUGAGAAAAACCCCUUGGAUAUCAACCUAGCCACCGAAGAGUUGUUUAAAGUCAUCCCGGGAGAGACCAACCUGGUAGAACGGAGUCCGUACCAUUGCCGAACGUGUGCCGUGGUGGGAAAUUCGGGUAAUCUUAAGGAAUCGGACUACGGACCGGACAUUGACUCCCACAACUUUGUAUUCAGGAUGAACCACGCCCCCACCGCCAGGUUCGAAAGGGACGUGGGGAAUAAAACGACGCACCAUUUUGUGUACCCAGAGAGCGUCCCUGAACUGCCUGAGAACGUCAGCAUGAUCCUGAUCCCCUUCAAGACCCUGGACCUGCAGUGGGUGGUCAGCGCGCUCACUAGCGGAACCAUUAACUUCACGUACGCUCCAGUGCCACGCAGGAUCAAAGUGACCAAAGAAAAGAUCCUUGUCUAUCACCCAGAAUUCAUGAAGUAUGUCUACGACCGAUGGUUGAUGCAUCACGGCCGGUACCCCUCCACAGGGCUUCUAAGUGUAAUAUUUGCUCUUCACAUCUGCGAUAAGGUGGACUUGUACGGAUUCGGAGCAGACAGUAAAGGAAACUGGCACCAUUACUGGGAGAACAAUCCAUCUGCGGGAGCUUUCCGCCAAACCGGAGUCCACGAUGGCGAUUUUGAGGCAGACAUCAUAGGCAAUUUAACUUCUAUUAAAAAAAUUAACAUCUACAGGGGAAGAUGA